AUGUUGAGCAAGACCCUCCCAUUGGGUCUAGGUAAUGGCACCGGAUGCCGAACAGAGCACGCCGGAGACUACUGGGAUGUGCAGGAAACCAGAAAGCCCUGCUGGAAAGUGAAACCGUCGAGUUCACACUCCUAUAGUUCCCGGCCCUACUCACCUCGCACCCCACUGACUAGCUUCACCAUCGGCAGCCCUAUAUCUCCCAAAAGUGUGACGGCUACAGUUGUAAACCACACUAAACCACUGAUAGAGGGUCAACAGUACCACCUGGGCUGUUCCGUGGAGAGUGUGGCCCCAGUCCAGGACCUCACUAUCAUCUGGUACAGAGGAGACCAGGCGGUGGGACAGUCAGAUUACACACGGUUCUCCUUUAUCGACAUAGACCAUGCCAAUGUCUUUGAUAAUUUGACCAUCACGGCUUCGAGACUGGACCGUGGGGCUAUCUACAGCUGUGCCGCCAGACUGGACCUGAAUACGUCUAAACCCAUCCCUGUCACAAGGUCCAACAGCAUCCAGCUGGAAGUACUGUAUGGCCCCAUAGGCCUGAACCACAGUGGUAAUGUGAACGUAGGGGUGGGCAACGCACUGGAACUAUUCUGCUAUGCAGAGGCCAACCCCAUCCCCACAUACAAUUGGACACGCAACAGCAUCACUCUGGAGAAGGAGAACAGCGGUAAACUCUGCAUAGAGUCGGUAUCUGUGGACCACUCAGGGGAGUAUAGCUGCAGUGUUGGCAACGGCAUUGGGAGUAAUCAGACUGCCAAGAUGAUGGUGGACGUCUACUACAAACCCAGAAUGCUGAACAUCACCGGCAAUGUGACCACCAAGGCGGGCAACACGCUAACGUUAGCAUGCCACGCUAAUGCUAACCCCACACCCUUCUAUCAAUGGAGGCAUAACGGCACAGUGCUGUCCAAUCAGAAGAGUGAUACACUGGAGAUUUACUCCAUGAACGUAACCAACGGGGGCGUCUACGAGUGUAUGGCCACAAACACUCAGGGACAAGACUCAGCUAGAAUGACUGUGAUUGUGACUGUGGAAAACUAUGGAGAUGCUGUGGUGAUUGGAACAUGGACAGUGGUCUGUGUCCUGGCGCUGGUGAUCGCAGCAGUUUGCCUUUGGAGGAGGCGCCGCCAGCAGCCCCAGUAACAAAGAGCAACAUGGGAUUUUUCUUGACCUGCCCGGAAAGAAUUGUUUGUUUCAAUGUCGAUUACCAUUACAUGUUAAUGUAAUUAUCACUCAUCAAUUUUCAUUUAAUCAAUUGUCCUCUCUGAAUUCCUGAAUGUCAUGAACAGUUAUUGAUAUUGAUACUCUUGUAUUUUUGUUUGUUUUUUUGUUCUAACAUCAUAAUAUAUAUUUCAGAUGAUCAGUUCAGAUAAAUUUCACCAUCAGCUAAAUUGGGCCGGAUACGUAUUGGGUGUCUCAUUUCUUUUAAUUUUACAGACCAACCACCACAAAUGUGCUGAGAUUGUUGCAACAUUAGUACUCUAUCUGUUACAAGUCAUUUGAAUUGCAUAACACUUUUUUGAUGGGCAGGGGGAACCCUCAUAUGGAGACUGACAGAAGAAAGUGAAUUUUCAGUCUUGCCAAAAUAAGAAAUCGUCUAGAUAAAAUAAGGAUGAUACUGUUUUCAGAUGUGA